AUGGUAGAAUUUCGGAAACGUGCCAAUACUUGGCACACAGAUUCUUGCGGUAUAGGGCCUGUGACCUCAGGCCCACGAAUGCACCGCCGCCGCAGUGCGAGCACCUGCUCCAGCGGCGUGUUGGACCUCAAAGAGAAUCCACGUUCAGUGGAGAUCAAAUUUGGACUGAGCGAUGGUUCUGCAAGCGUGGAGGUUGAUCAGCUUACCACGCUGGAGAAAUUUCGCAGGUUCGUCGAGGAGGUGACCCAGAUUCCGCGAAGAGCGCAACGGGUCGUGGUGAACAACACCGCCCUGCAAAGUGAUCAAGAUCAUUUGCUCCUGUACGACCUGGCACCAGAAAUGUUCCACUCCGACACUGUUGACGUUCGAGUGUUGCGAAGGUGCUGUGACGCCCAGGCGAAAUGGCUGGAUCUUCUGGAGCAGGGCGAUGAAAUCGCCCGUGCUGGACUUUUCUCAGGUGUUGCUCGCGAUCUUCAAGAACUUAGCGAGUACCGACGCAUGGAGCGUUUUCGGAAUGUGCUCCAAGAGCACAUGAUGAAUGACGCUCACAGAUAUGCCUUCCAUCGUUUGCGAGUCCAUCUCCUACACGAGCGUUGCCCCUUUGGGCCUGGCGUUUGGUGCAGCGAUGUCUGCCAAUGGCUAGCAGAGGAUGAGAAUUUCUUGGAAAUGGCUCUGGAGGUAAACACUCCGGCAGCUGAAGUACAAACUCCCAUCCUGCUCUACGGCGCGAGAGAACAGAUUCAAGCAAAACCACCUCUGGCAAAGAAGCUGGCGGGCAAUCCUCGUGUAGAUCCAUUAGUUUUAGCUGACGUGGCACCCCAGGUUCUUCAGGAUCGCGAAUUCUUGCUAAUCUCAGCGAGAAGGUGCGGGGCAAUUUUGCCCCUUGCGCCUGCGCGCCUGCAAGAGGACUUGGAGCUGGUUGAGACCUGUGUGUCCCAGCAAGGCAGUGCUUUGAGGUUUGUGCUGCCAACCCUCCGAGAAAAUAAAGAUAUAGUGCUCAAGGCUGUGAGUUCCAGCGGCUUGGCGUUGGAGCACGCCAACGAGAAGCUCCGUGACGACGAGGAGGUGGUGCUCCGAGCCGUGCAGGGUGCUGGACUGGCGCUGGAGUUUGCUUCCGAGAGGUUGCGCGCUGUGCGGCGGAUUGUUCAGGUAGCAGUCAGCCAGGAUGGAUGCGCAAUUCAGUAUGCAGCAACAGAAUUGAGGGACAACGAUGAGGUGGUGAAAUCCGCAGUACAGGUUUCAGGACAAGCGCUGAAGCAUGUCUCUCCUCGAUUGCGCAAUGUGCAGGAGGUGGUCGUGCUGGCAGCAAGAAAACACCCGCAAGCCCUGCAAUAUGCGUCGCCGGAGCUGCGCUCAGAUCGCGCCACUGUCAUCGACGCGGUGUCUGCCUCUUUCAAGGCAUUUGAGUUUGCUGGCCCGGAGCUGCGGGCAGAUCCUGAGGUGAUCCGCCUCGCGGCACGGCAGCUGCUCUCGACGAAUGGCCUGCAGGUGUCGAAUGAAGAGCCGGUGCCCCAGGAGAAGAACGUCCUACUGGUCUCCAAAGAAUCGGGCCAACAACUUUUGGCCGCACUGCAGACAGGGCUUUUGACAACGCGUGCGUUUGGAUUGGCAGUUGUCAAACAUGACCCGCAGCUGUAUCGGAAACUCGAGGAGCAUGUGAAGGCUGAUGCAGAGGUGUCCCUGGAAGCCGUGCGGCGGGUACCAGAGCUGUUUUUGGACAUUCCGUUUCCUAUGCGCAACAAGCUAGCUAUUCAAGUGGCGGCUGUUGCCCAGAGAGCAGAGAUGGUCAGCUUCGUUUUGCCCACUGAUGACUCUUGGCACACAACCAGGUUCGUCGGACUUGGUAGGAUGUUUGCUGAAGGUCGAGAACAAUUUUGUACACGUGCACAUAUGACGCGGUCCCUGGUCCUGCUAGUAGGGGCCCAGUGCAAUACUUAUAAGAUUCUACUGAGCAAAAAUUGA